AUGACCCGAAUAACACGCCAUCCCAAGUAUUACUUGCAUGACGGUAGCGUAUCAAUUCAUGCACGUCUUCCUUUUGUCGCGGGCACCGUCUUUCGCGUACACAAGUACUUUUUUGAAAGAGAAUCCGAAUAUUUCCGAAAGGGAUUCAGAGCAGCUGGGCCACAGGAAGAUGGUCAGUCCGACCAGGCAGCGUUUCGACUCGAUGAUGUCAAGAUCAGUGAGUUCGAGCGACUGCUGUGGGUAUUCUACAACCCGCAAUAUAUGUACGAUGAACAACCCAUAGACCACUGGAUCACCAUCCUUGACCUGGCUACACGAUGGAAUUUUCCAAGUGUGCGAGACCUGGCAGUCCGGCAGCUGCAAAAGCUCGACAUGAAACCUGUCGAGCGAAUUAUCACCUAUGAUAAGUACAACCUCGACAAAUCGCUCCUCUUGCCCGCCUACAUUCUUCUGUGUAAACAAUCGAGUCGCUCUGUUGACGAUGGCAAGCGGCUCGGCAUGCCCACCGUCCUCAAGAUAAACGAGGCUCGUGAGUAUGCACAGAGGUUUGCAGCCGAGCAAGGCUGCCCUAGUCCUACAAGCGCUGAUGCUGAAGAUCAAGAGCUUGUCGAGAUUUUGAAGGACGUAUUCGAUCUGAGCUAA